AGAAACAAAAGAAAAAAGAAAACGACCAAGAGUGGAGCUAAAACUACACUGCGUCAACAGCAUUGCCUCUACCUGUGCCUGGCCGUGGCGGCCCACAUUAUCCGAACUGCAGCUCAUUGGUAGCGCCAAGUAGCUGGUGUAGAUCGACAAUUCGACGUAGGAGAAGAUCGAGAUGCAGGCAUCGCCAGCAGCAGCAGCAGUAGUUAGAGCUCCGGCUUGCGCGACAAUGCGCUCUCAUGGCGUCAGGGUCCUGAGGUCCCACGCCUACGACUGGCUGGCGCUGCUCCUCCUGGUCGCCGUCGAAGUCCUCCUCAAUGCCAUCGAGCCGUUCCACCGCUUCGUCGGCGCCGGCAUGAUGGCUGACCUCAGAUACCCCAUGAAGAGCAACACCGUCCCGGUCUGGGCCGUGCCGGUCAUUGCAGUCAUGGCACCUAUGAUUAUCUUCACCGUCGUCUACUUCCAGAGGAGGAACGUGUACGAUCUGCACCAUGCUAUACUUGGCAUUCUGUUUUCUGUGCUCAUCACGGGCGUCCUGACCGACGCGAUCAAGGACGCCGUCGGCCGCCCGCGCCCUGACUUCUUCUGGCGCUGCUUCCCCGAUGGAAUCGCUGUGUACGACAACGUCACCACAGGAGUCAUAUGCAACGGGAUCGCAAGCGUGAUCAAAGAAGGCCACAAGAGCUUCCCAAGUGGCCACACUUCAUGGUCCUUUGCCGGGCUGGGAUUCCUAUCGUGGUACCUCGCCGGGAAGAUCACCAUCUUCGACCGCCGGGGGCAUGUCGCCAAGCUGUGCAUCGUCAUCUUGCCUCUACUGGUCGCGGUGAUGGUCGCUGUAUCACGGGUUGAUGACUACUGGCACCAUUGGACGGAUGUGUGCACGGGCGGCAUCCUCGGAACGGUGGUCGCCUCUGUUUGCUACCUGCAGUUCUUUCCACCACCCUCUGAUGAGAAAGGCAGGCUUUUCCUCUCAGUUCAGUGCAUGCCUGCAAUUACAUGGAUCCAUGACAAGUGUUCUAAAUUUGUGUUGAGAAAUACCAUAUCUAAGAUCUCCAAUGGAAACAAGUUUCCCUCGCGGGCCUUCCUGCUAACAUACAACACCACAAAAACGGGUGAAUCAUGCGGGUUCUGGCCUCACGCGCACUUCAGGCACAUCACCGAGAGCCAAGACGCGAACAGAACGCAGUGUGCUACCGAAAUGAGUAACACCGACUCCAGACCCCUGACCGACUCAACAGCAAUUGUUGUUUGGAGCGAAACUGUAGAUAAGGCUGUUCCACUUGGAUACUGCACUGAACUGCUCGCUGGGAGAACUCGUAUAUGCAGCUGGAGCGAUGUAGACUGUGGCCCGUGGAAGAUAUUUUUGACUACCUGA